ACACUUCAUACCAUGUUACUAAUGUAUUUUCUUUUAAUUUUCUUUUUAAUAAUAAUAGAAUAUAUGUGAAUUUCAAACCCAAUAUGGCUCAGAAGAGGAACUCGAGUGGGCGGUCGUUCCCAUUGCUGCUGCUGAUUAUUGUUGUGGCCUUUGUUCAUUUAACUGUCUGUCCUUUUACAAAAGUGGAGGAAAGCUUUAACCUACAAGCUAUCCAUGAUGUGGUGUACCACCAGCUGGAUUUGGAUAAGUAUGACCAUCAUGAAUUUCCUGGAGUUGUCCCAAGAACGUUUCUUGGACCAAUUUUUAUUGCUGCUCUUUCCAGCCCAGCUAUAUAUGUACUUUCUGUGCUAAGAAUGUCCAAGUUUUACUCCCAGCUGAUAGUCCGAGGAAGCUUGGGGCUCAGUGUGAUUUACACAUUAUGGAAGUUGCAGAAAGAAGUUAGAAAGCAGUUUGGAGCAACUACAUCAACAGUCUUCUGUCUCAUCACUGUUACUCAGUUUCAUUUGAUGUUUUACUGUACACGAACCCUUCCUAAUGUGUUUGCACUUCCUUUUGUGCUCCUGGCAUUGACGUUUUGGAUACAGCAAAAGCAAAGGCCAUUCAUUUGGUUCUCAGCUUUGGCAAUUAUAGUCUUCAGAUCAGAGCUGUGCAUAUUCUUGGGCCUCAUGCUCCUGGUGACAUUAUUAACUAAAAGAAUCUCCAUUUUCAAGGUGCUUUCCCAUGCUGUUCCUGCUGGAUUUUUUUGGCUGGGGCUAACUGUUGCUGUGGAUUCUCUAUUUUGGAGGCAACUUGUGUGGCCUGAGGGGAAAGUGCUCUGGUAUAAUACAGUUUUGAACAAAAGUUCCAACUGGGGAACCUCCCCCUUCUUAUGGUAUUUCUAUUCAGCCCUGCCUCGUGCUUUGGGAUGCAGCAUUAUAUUUGUACCUUUAGGUGUAGCAGAAAAGAGAACUCGGAUACUACUUUUGCCAGCACUGGGCUUUAUUUUCUUGUACUCAUUUCUCCCACACAAAGAGCUGCGUUUCAUCAUAUAUACUUUCCCUGUCUUCAACAUAGUGGCUGCUAAAAUGUGUUCACGAAU